UUCACGUUGUACUGGAGAAUUUAAAAAGACUCUUAAUCGUCAGCUACAGUGCCCAUUCAGCGUCGCCGUGUAUAUGCAAAGUUAUCACCUUGCUAAUAAUUCUAAUGCAUAUCUGCUCGUUUUGAACAUUGACCGAUAAGGGUCGUUGGCUUGCUGUGACAUAAGAGCACUCGUAAUUCGAUUGGAUUCCGCUAGUAAAAUAUUGAGGUCUCUCCUCCUGCUCGACAGGAAGUUGCUUCGUGUGACACGGAGGCGGCCCGCUGCAGAGAGGAAAGGGGAGAAACUUAUCGCUGUGCAAGGAGAAAACCUCUCUUCUAAAAUAACGUUACCUGUCUAAAACAUUUUUAUCAGACGCCCUUGUAGAACAGUCGGUAACCGUCCUCUGAGACAUGGGAAACCGGGUCGGCCGUGAUGAUUAUGAAUGGGUUUAUACGGACCAGCCGCAUGCCGACAGGAGGAAAGAGAUCCUAGCCAAAUACCCGGAGAUCAAGUCUUUGAUGGGUCCUGACCCGAGGCUGAAAUGGAUUGUGUGUAUGAUGGUGGCUAUCCAGUUUCUAGCAUUCUUCCUGGUCAAAGACUUGGACUGGAAAUGGGUUUUGUUCUGGACUUACGCCUUUGGAAGCUGUAUCAACCACUCAAUGACCCUUGCCAUUCAUGAGAUCUCCCACAACACAGCCUUUGGCAACAACAAGGCCAUGUGGAACCGCUAUUUUGCCAUGUUUGCCAACCUGCCCAUUGGUCUGCCCUACUCGGCCUCCUUCAAGCGCUACCACCUGGACCACCACCGUUACCUGGGUGGAGACGGUGUGGAUGUAGACAUCCCCACUGAGUUUGAAGGGUGGUUCUUCUGCACACGCUUUCGCAAAUUCAUCUGGAUCAUUCUACAGCCGCUGUUUUAUGCCAUUCGGCCACUCUGCAUCAACCCCAAGCCAAUCACUCAGCUGGAGAUGGCUAAUGUUGCCAUCCAGUUCUCCUUCAACAUUUUCCUGUACUGGCUGUGGGGUGCCAAGCCUGUGGUCUACAUGCUGGCUGGCUCCAUGCUAGGAAUGGGCCUGCACCCCAUUUCCGGCCACUUCAUUGCUGAGCACUAUAUGUUCCUCAAGGGCCACGAGACCUACUCCUACUAUGGUUCCCUCAACCUUCUUACCUUCAAUGUUGGCUAUCACAACGAACACCAUGACUUCCCUAGCAUCCCAGGACGCAGGCUACCCAUGGUGAAGAAGAUUGCAGCAGAGUACUAUGAUGAUCUGCCACAUUACACUUCAUGGGUGAAGGUCCUCUAUGACUUCAUCAUGGAUGACACAAUCAGCCCGUACUCCCGUGUCAAGAGGAAGUUAAAGGGAGACGUCAAGCAGGAAUAACUCUGCACUGUCUUACGCUGAGCUUCUCUGGAGCCAAGCUGCACCACGCAACCUGACACCAGCCCCAUCUUAACGUCCUAGGAACUUAACAGCUUUUGCAUAUUAAUGAAUCCAAUUUGUGAAAUGGGGUGUGUGGCAUGAGUCAACAAGUUGAGAAUUGUGCUCUCCCUCACUAAGUGCAAAUUGUUCUAAGGUUUCAGCUAAUGUGUUGUUUUUUCAAAGUGAGAGAAACAGCUAAUGCUCUUACUGUUCACAUAAUUUCUCUGUCUUCAAUUCUUUUUGUUCCAGCCACAACCACAUUGUGGUUUCACUGUUACAUUUUAUUCAGUUUUAGAUGGGAAUUACAUUGGGUGCCUAAUAUGUAACAUGUUAAAAAGUUAACCUUUUAGUAUGACUUUUUUCAACUGUUAAACAGAUAGGUCACCUAUUUUGAAAAAUUUGUUAUUUCACUUCCCCCCAGCUGUUCUGUAGCACAGUAGUAGUGCUACUUUUCUCUCAGUGUUACUGAGUGCUGGAUGCUGGCUGGAUGCUCCAAAUGCUAACUGUUAGCCUCCUGCCACUGAGCUGGACUUCCCCCCAGCUAACAUUUUGGCCAAGAACCACAUUAAUCCACUUAAAUGAACAAAGUUUGAGUUUGAUUAUUUAGCAUAAUUUUUUACAGCCCCAAAUGAUACAAACAAAAAGCAUGACUGGAAAUGAUGAUGAUGAUGAUGAUGAUGAUGAUGAUGAUGAUAAUGAUAAUAAUGUUUUUUUUUUUGUUUUUUUUGUUUUUUUUAAAUCAGAGGUAGAACUAUUUGUCUAUAGUUAAAAUAGUGGCUGGCAGGUGCCUGAAAGGUUCAUGAAAUGUGUGUGUGACGGAGGGAAGCAGAGCUAGCCACAGAGUAGCUGGAAAACAAACCACAGCAAAAUCAAGCAGUCUACUUGUGUGUGUGUGUGUGUGUGUGUGUGUGUGUGUGGUGGCGACUGCUCCUCUGGUGCAGAGUGAUACAGUAAGUGCACAAGCUACCAGAUCUCUCUGAAAAAAAGACAGAUAUAAACUGUCACAUGAGAAAAAUAUUGUAUAUGCAGUUUAGUUAGAACAACACUUUUGUUAACUUGAGUGCCUUAAGGUGGUUAUUUUUAAGAAUGUUAGCUGGGGGUGGAAGUCGUGGUACCACUGCUGUCCUACAUGAUGGCUGAGGGUGGUCGGGGAUAAUAUCACAUUUUUCAAAAUGUGUGGACUAUCACAUGCUGCACAUGUUCCAUCAUUAUUCAUCACCUCAUUUCAUGGCAGCACCUAUGAGACCUGGUAUAAUGCUUCCACAGCAGUUGUGGUUGUACCAUUUAGAUAAAUCAAAAUUAACUUCAGUUUGUAGAUUCUUUGGUAAAUAUAAGUCCAUCACUUAUUAUUAUCUACAAGCUAUAUUAUAUUCUUAAUUCCAUAUAGGUGUUCUCACCACAAGUUCUGAUUUUACUCAAUUUUAUUAGUUGUAUAGCCCAAUAAUACUACUUCAUGCAGUCAGAAGCACUGAGCUUUAAUGUUUUGUUGUUCACUUGCUCUUUUAAGGUUAUGAGGUUAUGUAUAGACUGGUGCGGUGGGAAGAGAAAGUGUCUUUCAUUUAUGUAGUAAUGCCAUAUCAAACAUGAUUCUCAGUGUAUUUUGCGUUUAAGCUUUAGUGAGUCGACCAAAUAAGGCCUUGUUAAAUGCAAGCAACACACAGCUAUUUUGUCAGACACAGGUAGGAAUGAUCAUUAUUCCUGAAAUGUAGCAGUAUCUUGAUGGUCUGUACUUCCUUUGGAGCAUUUCUACUUGUUUCUAGCAAAGUAGUGCUAUUCCAUUUAAAAAGCUUGGAGGGUUAACAUUGAAAAUUUGUCAGUUUCUUCCAACUCUGGAACUAUAUACUCUUGCUAAUAGCCAAUGUAAACAAAGAAACCAAAGGUCAAUUUAAAAAAA